GCCGAGUGCCGCUGCCAGACGCACGACGGCGAAGACGCUCUGCGGCGGGGAGCAAUGUCUUCGUCCAGAGGAUUCGUAAUAUUUAAGACAUUAGAUCGUCUACAGUGUCCUUUGGUGCAGCCAUGGGGGUGUCUUUUGAACAGGAGGCUCUACAGUCAGACAAGGAGCGGCGACGGCGGCGGCGGCGGCGGUGGCGGCCCUAACUUCGGGUUGCUGUUCGACAUCGACGGCGUCAUCGUGCGGGGCUCGCGCAUCCUGCCGACGGCUCCGGAGGCGUUCUCGCACCUGGUCGACGCCUCCGGCCAGUUCCGCGUGCCCACCGUGUUCGUUACCAACGCCGGCAAUGCCCUCAGGAGCGAGAAGGCGGAGCAGCUCUCCAAGUGGUUGGGCGUCACGGUCCACGAAGACCAAGUUGUAAUGGCCCACUCUCCUCUCAAGAUGUUUGACCAAUACUUUAAUAAGCAUGUGCUAAUAUCAGGCCAGGGUCCUGUUCAGGAAAUCGCAAACAAUCUCGGAUUCUGCAAUACAACAACGGUAGAUGAAUUACGGACGGCUUACCCACAGCUGGACUGUGUGGAUCAUAGGAGACGUUCUUUGAAGGCAGUUAAUUCCUCACCGAUAACAAAAAUAGAUGCCCUCAUGCUGUUUGGUGAGCCUGUGAGGUGGGAGACAUCAUUGCAACUUUUAAUAGAUAUACUAAUGACCAACGGAGAUGUUUCUGGGACACCCACUGCCCCAUACCCACAUCUGCCCAUCCUUGCUUGCAACAUGGACCUGCAGUGGAUGGCAGAAGCUCAUAUGCCCAGAUUCGGUCACGGUGCUUUCUUGCUCUGUCUUGAGGCACUCUACAAAAAAUUGACAGGGAAUGACCUCAUAUACACAGCCCUGGUUGGGAAGCCCUCAGAAAUCACAUAUUACCAUGCUGAAACAAUGGUUCAAGAGCAUGCGAGAUCUAUAGGCAUUAGCAAUUCUAUCACAAAACUUUAUGCAAUUGGAGACAAUAUUCAUACAGAUAUAUUUGGAAUGAAUUUAUAUCAAGAAUAUGUAAGGAGACACCGCAGAAGCAAAAAGCACGUGUCAAUGCAAGGUGCCAGAGGUCUUGAUCUUUCCACUCAUGACUUUAAGGGUCUGACUGCCGAUCAGUGUUAUUCUGUACUAGUUAAGACAGGAGUGCACAAUGGAGCAGAGCAGCUUCUUGAACACUCACCAAGAGACUUCCUCCCUGUCGAAUCCAAACUGCAAGAACCUUCACUCACCGUCAUGUGUGUCCUAGAGGCCAUUACAAACAUAUUCAAGCGUGAGAACUACCGGUGAACCCUAAAUGAGGCAGGAGCGUGAGAUGUAUGCGAGUGCUUUAUAUAGCAGCUGAUUUGGCUGUGGUCUUGCCUUGGGCUUUUCACUAGUUGACUAAGAUAUAUACACAUGAUUUUUUUUGUAGGUGAGCUACAUUUACCAAUGAAGGAAUAAAGAGUAUUUAAAGACAUUUUUUCAAAUAUGCAGUAUGUAUGUUAAAGGGCAUAGGAAAGUAUAUAAUUUUCAAUAGAGAGUCUUGUUGACAGAUUUUGUUUUAGAGUGUACAUCUUUAAACCCAGAUAGCUGCUGUAGGCAAUAGAAGAUUAAAGAGCUGUGAGAUAGAUACCCAUAUCCCUAUGGUGUAUAUUGUUGAUCUCGUUUUAUGCAUUCUUGCUGAGGGAAUUAUUUGGUAAAGAGCUGGAAACUACAAAGAUUUCAUGAAUAUUUAAAAGAAUGUUGAUAAUUUAUUAAAUUUUAGUCAUUAUUUAUUGUGGUAUGUAACUGGAAUGCGAAGCAUUAAUUUAGUGUGAUUCUCUCUCUCUCUCUCUUUCCCUCUCUCUCUCUCUCUCUCUCUCUCUCUCUCUCUCUCUCUCUCUCUCUCUCUCUCUCUCUCUCUCUCUCUCUCUCUCUCUCUCUCUCUCUCUCUCUCUCUCUCUCUCUCUCUCUCUCUCUCUCUCACAGUGUGUGUGUGUGUGCGUGUGCGUGUGCGUGUUUGUGUGCGUGCAUGUGUGCGUGCGCAUGUGUAUAUGCAUAGUGUGUAGUCUAGUGUAUUAUCGUGUAAAAGAAGAAAAGAGAAUGUCACAAAUCUAACAUUAUGGCAAGUCUAAAUAAACUAAAAAUUGUCAGAAAAAAAUUGAAAAUAUACUCAAAUAGUCAGGAAUUUUUUCUCACUUGCUGUAUUUAUUAUUUUUAAAGAUUAAGGAUUAUAAAUCAUAUAAAAAAGAGAGAAAGGGAAAUAUAAGCACUUCUUAUCAGAGAGAGAAAGAGGUAUGAAGUCUGCAAAACCAGAGUGGAAACUAUGUGCUGUUCAAUCUCAAGAAAGCUAAACCAGGAGUACUCCAAUUUGCCAAGUAUCUUUUAAGCAUAAACUUGGUGCCAGGUGAAUAGUAUGAAAAAAAAAUCCCCAGAGUCUGGGGUUAAUUUACCAGUCGUGUUCUUUCCUGAAAUUGGAUGUAUUAUAGUUUAAUAUUUUCAAAAGUGUAUAAGAAAGAAAAGAAAGAGAAAGAAAGCUGUCUCUUUGACUAAAGAUGGUGUGCAUAUUCUGUGUUUUGUUAUAUAUGUUUGUGUUUAUUUAACUACCUCUUUUACCCAUAUGUAAAUGUUUAACUAAAUCUGUAGUAUUGUAUAACUCAAAAAGAAAAAAUAAUUUCUUGGAGGUAUUGAUAUUCUGUAAUGUAUUAACUGAGUAUUGAUAACAAAUGGAUACUCAUCAUAUUGAUGAACUCUAUAAUCUCCCAACCUGAUAAUAGAACCAGAUUCGUCCAUAUGCAUUAAACUAUGAUAACCAACAA